UUUUACUCUUUAUUCCUCUACUAGCGUUAAAUAUGUCCAGCAACUCGAUUCGCAUUCUGGCCGGCAAUUCGCACCCUGCUCUGGCGAAGCUUAUUGCAAAGCGUCUGGGCACCGAUCUUGCCAACGUCACAGUCUCAAAGUACUCGAACCAGGAGACAGCCGUCACGAUCGGCGAGUCAGUGCGUGACGAGGAUGUGUUUAUUAUCCAGUCGGGUUGUGGCGAGAUUAACGACCACCUGAUGGAGCUGCUUAUCAUGAUCAACGCAUGCAAGACUGCGUCUGCGCGCCGGAUCACUGCUGUGCUGCCGUGCUUCCCGUAUGCGCGCCAGGAUAAGAAGGACAAGUCGCGUGCUCCAAUCUCAGCUAAACUGGUGGCCAACAUGCUGUCGGUUGCGGGCGCCGACCAUGUUAUCACGAUGGACCUGCACGCGAGCCAGAUCCAGGGAUUCUUCGACUGCCCCGUCGAUAACUUGUACGGAGAGCCGUCGGUGCUGCGCUACAUCCGCGAGAACAUCCCAGACUGGAAGAAUGCGAUCAUUGUGUCGCCUGAUGCUGGAGGUGCGAAGCGUGCGACUUCCAUUGCCGAUCACCUGGAUCUGGACUUUGCGCUGAUCCACAAGGAGCGUAAGAAGGCGAAUGAGGUCUCCCGCAUGGUGCUCGUUGGCGACGUGAAGGAUAAGGUCGCUAUCUUGGUCGACGACAUGGCUGAUACCUGCGGCACCCUUGGCCUGGCUGCAAAGACCCUGAUGGAGAACGGUGCCGCAGCCGUCUAUGCUAUUGUCAUUCACGGCGUUCUCUCUGGAAAGGCGCUCAAGGUCAUCAACGAGAGCGUCCUGACCCGUGUUGUCGUCACCAACACCAUCCCGCACGCCGAGAAGAAGAAGCUGUGCCCGAAGCUCGACACAAUCGACGUCAGUGCUGUCCUGGCCGAGGCCAUCAGACGCACACACAACGGCGAGAGCGUCUCAUAUCUCUUCCAGCACGCCGCUAUCUAAACUGUUGGUGAGCUGUGCCUCUAUUUACAAUUCCCUCUCGUUAAAUUGCCCUUUUAUUAUUGGUGUCGUUCACAUAUAAGCGCUAGCUGCAACAACCAA